AUGGGCGAUAUUGGAGCAGAGCAGGAGACGGCAAGUGCAUUGAACUUGAAUGCCCCGGCUUCGCCUCUCCCCACUGCCGUCCCCAAUGUCGUUGCCCACCUUCGCUCAGAGACGCCAGCCAAACGAUCAACGAGCAACAAGGAGAAUAUCGAACCGCAAGAUGUCAGAACGCCCCAGCCGUCGACCUACGAUGCACUAGAGACCGCAGCUGUCACUGCUGCAACACCACCUCCAGCGCCUGCUGCAGAUCCCAUCACUGCCCUCGACGCGCUCGAUGAGGCAGUCGAAAGCGUUAAGUACGACAUCCCCGACGUUCAAUCCAGCCCCGAAAAGCCAAAGCGCACAAGCGAGUCGACCGAAAGGAAAGUUGUGAAGAAAGCAGCCCCAGUAGUGCGAGCGACAAAAGCCUCUCAAGCAAGAAUCUCACUCGCCCAGAACCCCGAAGCAGCCAGCCGACCUCCAGCCCUAGGUCGACCACGGCCUUCCACCACCCUCGCUCGCUCAGCUAGCGUCCGACAAUCCAGCGCCGGCACCAUCCAAUCCGGAGUCAAGCCCAGCCCACCUGCGGUCGUGGCAAAGAGAGAAGUCAUCAUCCCUCACAGCAAACCCCGCCCCGUCUCCCUCUCCUUCCCAACUCCCCCGCAACCCAUGAAAUCCACCAAAGCUCCAACACAAAGCACCUUCCAGCUCCCCGGCGAAGCCGUAGCAGCAAAGCUGAAAGCGGCCAAGGAAGCACGGCAGCAGAAAGAACUGGAUGAAGCGGGGCAGAAGAAGGCAUUUAAAGCGCGUCCUGUGCCAGCUUCGUUGAGCAGAGCGCCGAGCGUACGGCAUACGAAUGCGAGCAAAGCGCGGGAGUCCCUGAUGAGUGGGAAGGAUCUGCGCGCUUCUACGGCUGCGGCUACGACGCCGGGUGCGGUGGCGGCGCAUAGACGCGCUCAGAGCGUGGCUACUGCUUUGAAUCCGCGUGUGUCGGUGUCACAUUCCACCCUCUCCGCGUCGAGAUUAGGCACAUCGACUGCAUCCUCCAAACCAAGCGCAGGCAGACUCUCCACAGCAUCAACAGCAUCAACAGCACAUAGACCCCGCCCCUCCCUCGCCCCAGCAUCAUCCUUCAACCCCACCGCCUCAACCCAACGUCCGACAACAACGACAGCCAAAGGCAAAGAAGUCUUCAAUCGCCCCGCGGCAGCCAAAGCAGCGGCGGAAAAGGCCAAAUUCGACAAAGAGGCUGCGGCGAAGAAGGCGCGCGCGGAGGCUGCGGAGAGGGGGCGUGCGGCGAGUCGGGAGUGGGCGGAGAAGCAGAAGAGGCUUGCGGCUGCGAAGAAGGAGGCUAUGGAGAGUGCAAAGGCGGGCGGGGAGGCGAGCGUUGGGGUCGUGCUUUGA